CCUAACCUUCUUUCAUUUUCGGUCAAACCCAAAACCCUAUCUUCGCGUUUGGUAGAAAAUAGCGAUGGGUGGGGAAGGGUUGGCCUACAAAGAAGUGGAUUAUUUUGUUGUUGACGAGAGAAAAGUGGGGUUCUAGGGUGGGGAAGGGAGAGAACAGUGGGGUUCGAGGGUGGGGAAGGGAUGGCGCGCGAGGAACAGGUGAGGGUUCUGGGUAGGAUUUAUGGCCGCCGCUGCAUUUGAAACGGAGAUGAUGGAGGCGGCGGGUUGUCGGGGAAGAAGGAGGAAGAAGGCGAUUGGUUAGGGUUUUGAUCGAAAAUGAAAGAAGGCGAGGAUGGGUUAUCUGGGUUCUGAUGAAAACGUGCGACGGCGACGGCGUCGUCUUUAAACGACCGGCCGCCGCUGCAUUUGAAACGGAGAGAAUGGAGGCGGCGCCUCGUCGGGGAAGAAGGCGAAUGGUUAGGGAUUUGGGUUUGAUCGAAAAACUGAGGGGAUAAGGUGGGGAUGGGUGGCCUGGGUUUUCUGUUUUUUUUUUCUUUUCUUUAUUAUUCGAUUUUGUAAUGGAAAUAAAAAGAAAAAUGAAGAAAUAAUUUUUUUUGGUGACAUGGCAGUGACCUGGACAGUUGACUAACGGUCAACGGUGUUGACCGUCUAAACAAACGGUCAAACCACGCUCAAGGCCAAUUCUGUCUCUAUGCUGCAUAGUUCGGGCCAGGAUGUUAAUUUCACAAACCACGGGCCAAAGUUGAUUACAUGGUCAUAGUUCAGGCCAUAGUAAGGUAUUAACCCAAAAACCUAAUAAACUAUCCUAAUAUAUCUCAAAGACUAAUAACCAUAUCUAGAUAAAUCCUAACAAUAUUAAUAUUGAUAAUUAUGGUUAAAAAAGUAGGUUUCCAUCAUCGGUGCUAUCUUCUCUGAGAUGGAGCAAACGCUAGAAGAGUAUAUGAUUUUAGUUUUGUGUGCAGGUCGAGCAAUAGAUCAGCCCAUCUCACCAAUCAUUCUAUUUUCUUAACUCUAGUAUGCAAGUUGAACGAGCGAUGGCCCCCUGAUCCUGACCAGUGCUCGUCACUUUGGUGAAGUAAAGUGGAAAAAACAACGGGAUUACUGUAUCACAAUAAAUUCGCCAUUGCCAUUAUCUCUUCACCUUGUGGCCCUCAAUUCAUACUGGAGACCCGGCUUCCGCUCCAGGUCCCUUCUCAAACUCCAUCGUACGGUCGAGUUCAAACCACCACCACCCUUCUCCACGCCACCACAUACUCAAUUUCAGGCCUUUAAGCUCUCAAUUAUUUGCAGACUCGUGAAUCACAUAAUUCAUCUCUUUCCCUCUCUUUCUCCAUCAACAUUGUCUUCUUAUUAAUGGGCAAGUCACCGAAAGCAGAGAUCACAGUGUAACCUGCAGAUUCCAUGCAGAGCAGAGAGAUAGCUCGAUCGUCAAUGGCGACUUCCUUGCAUUCCACGGAUCCACGGAAAUGGAUUCUCUCACUCAUCACCCUCACAUGCAUUCUCGGCGCUUCCCUUUUCAUUGAUCCUCCCUCAAUCGGUACUCAGAUUCUUGGGAAGCUGAACCGGGUUGUACCCGACGGUUUGACCGGGUGGUCGGUCCUGACCAGUCCGAAUUGGAAAAUCCAACCCCUCGCGGUCAACUUAUCGUCGUGUCACCCGGCAAUCGGGCGACCUGGAAAGCUAGUCAACUGCUGCCCGCCCCGAAACAUGCUGGACGACCCGAUAUCCGACUUCGAGUUCCCCGACCCGGAUACAACCCCGAUUCGGGUCCGCCGCUUCGCCCACCGGCUCGACGACGACUACAUCGCCAAGUACGAGAAGGCGCUUUCCAUCAUGAAAUCUCUGCCGCACUCCGACCCGAGAAGCUUCACCCGGCAGGUCGAAAUCCACUGCCAGUACUGUACCGGGUCGUUUCUCCAGCAGGGCUCUGAUUUCCCGGUUCGGGUCCACAGGAACUGGCUCUUCUUCCCCUGGCACCGGAUGUUCCUCUACUUCCACGAGAGGAUCCUCGGCAGCCUGAUCGGCGACGAGACCUUCGCGCUGCCGUUUUGGGGUUGGGAUUCGCCCGACGGGAUGACCCUGCCGGAGCUCUACUUAAACGGGUCGUUCAACGACCACCGCCGCGACCCGAGUCAUUACCCGCCCACCGUGGUGGAUCUGAACUUCAAGAAGCUGGAUCCCACCAGAUCUACGCCGGAGGAGCAGAUCCGGCUCAAUUUGGCGCUGAUGUACAACCACAUGGUCUCCGGCGCCAAGACGGCGGAGCUCUUCUUGGGCUGCCCUUACAAGACAGGGGAAUACGAGGAAUGCCCCGGGACGAUUGAGCGGGCGCCGCACAACCCGCUCCACACCUGGCUCGGGUCGCCGGACAUCGACGGAAGGGAAGACAUGGGCGCCUUCUACGUCGCGGCGAGAGAUCCGAUAUUCUAUGCCCACCACUCCAACGGCGACCGCCUCUGGGGAUUGUGGAGCGAGACCCACAAGGGUUUCGACGACCCGGCGUUCCUGAAUUCCUACACCUACUUCUACGACGAGACGCUCCGGCUGGUUCGGAUCCGAUUCAGCGACGUGAUGGAGAUGGACAAGCUCCGGUAUCGGUACGAGGAGAUAGAAAACGCCUGGGUCGCCGCCCGGCCGGAGCCCUCGGUCUCGCCCCGGCUCGCCCGGCGAGAAAUCAGGAAGAGGGAGAGGGAGAGGGAGGGGAAUGUUGUUCUGGACUUGCCCAGCAGCCGCUUCGGGCCGACCAAUCGGGUUCUCGAUUCGACCAUAACGAUACCGAUAGAUCGACCGAGAGAGGUUUGGUAUAGUAAUCGAAGGAAUGAAAAAGAACGGGAAGAGAUCUUGGUCGUAGAAGGAAUUGACGUGAAAGCAAACGAUUACGUGAAGUUUGAUGUUUACAUCAACGUUGUAAAUAGUACGAUUUUAAGUCCAAUUUAUAGGGAAUUUGUCGGAACAUUCGUCGACAUUCCAGGAGGCACGUCGUCAUCGAAAAAAAGGACUAAGUUGCAACUUGGUAUAUCGGAGGCAUUGGAAGAUUUAGAAGCUGAUCAGGAUAGGACAAUUUGGGUGACGUUGGUGCCUAGGACUGAAAGUUGCAAUCAGGUAACAGUUGAUGGUUUGAAGAUCAAUUAUACAGAGAAAUGAAGGAGGUUUCACUAGUGAUGUGAUUAUUGAAAGGUUUAAUUAAUUAAUUUGAAUAAUUUCCUUUUUGGUACGAGGUGUCAAUCGGGCGGGUUCGAGCGGGUUCGGGCUGGAUUCAAUCGGGUUCGGGUUCAAACGAGUUGCGGGUUAGUCGGGUUCGGGUUCAAACGGGUUUCGGGUUAGUCGGGUUGCGGGUUUAUCGGGUUCGGAUUCAAUCGGGUUGCGGGCAAAUCGGGUUGCGGGUCAAUCGGGUUUUGGGUCGGGCGGGUUGUGGGUGGGUCGAGUUUUGGGUUGUUCGGGUCAGCGCAUCAAGUAACUUAACUCAUUACUCAUUACCAACUUACACAUUUUAUUACACUAAUUUAAAAUAUUUUCUCAACUUUUUAACCAAUUUAUUUCUACUCCGUAUAUAUAUACUUUAUUUUUUUGAAAAAACUAGUCAAAAUGUUAAAUCAAUUUGUAUGACUUGCAAACUUGUUAUGUAAUUAAUCAUAAUUGGUAAAGUAUUAUAACUAAUAGUAAUGGUGAUAUCAAUAUUUGCAACCAAAAGACACCGUUAAUUGUUUAUUUGAUAUUUUAAUAUUAAUUCAGUAGUAAUUGGAUUAAAGUAUCUCUUUAGAGGUAUUUUGUUCCAUAUAUGUAAGAAUUAAAAUUGUAUAUUGGAGAGGUCAAGGUAUAAUGAAUUUGAGUCGUCUGAUCGAGACCUCCAAGUUGAAAACCCACAAUCGUACUACUUCACGUCUUGACCAAGCCUUAUUGGCAGGAGUGUCCUUGAAAAUCUUAAAAGGGUUUUGUGUCCAUGGACCAUGCACCACAAGAUAUAUAUCUUCCUCCAUUUGAUGAAUUUGAGGUGAUGGAAGAACGACCAUUCAUUUUUAUAAUUUAUCAGGUGUUCAUGAGAGUCGGAACUUACAGAUUUUUUGGGCAAAAUCCCAUUUUUGAAAUUUUUGGGAAACCAACUUUGAGAAGAAUUCCAAUUUUAAAGAGUCUCAUUUUUAUUAAUUAUUAAUCUAUGCUCUUUUAGAGGAAAACUCAUAUAUGUGUAUGAAUCUGUGAGAAUCAAAAUUUGUAGAUUAAUUUUUUUUAUAGGUAUUUUGUUCUAAACCAAACUCAAUUUUAGGGUUUAGAGUUUGAAUUGGAAAAUAAUUUAGGUUUAGGAUUGAAAUUUAAAAAUAAUUUAUGUUUGGUGUUUAAUUUUAGAAAUAAUUCUUCUACCCCUCCCAAACCAUAAACCCUUAUUUCCACAAAAGCAUCAACCUUCAACCUUGAUACAUCCAACCCAACUACGACGUCAUCUUGGAAGCCGAAUCGUUCCAACCUCCACUAACAACAAUUGUUUGCAUCAUCAAAAAACUCAAUCUAGUCCCACAAAACUCGAUGUUUCGACCCCCUGGGCUACCGAAAACCUCGAUCAAAGUUUUGGCACUAUUCAUGAUGUCUUCACUUAGGACAUCAAAUCGAGAAAUGAGCGAUUUCUAUGUGUUUAGGACCACAUUUCAAGUGACCUAUGAAGUUUUGGGUAAUUUCCCAUGUCGGCAACUCGGAAAAAGAUCAGUUUACAAUAAAUAAGCGCACUAUUUACUGUUGUUGCUAUAACCUUAAUAUGUUUGUAGGAUGUUUGGGAUUAUAUUACUGAAUUUUAAAAUUUAUAAAAAUCUUAUAAAAAAGUGUUGGCUGCAAAUAGUAAUUAUGUUCGCAGCAAAUAGUCGUACACUUUUUUUUUUAUCUAUACAUGCUUAACAUUUCCAUAGGGUUUGAAUUAAUGUUCUUUAUGAUUUUUUUUUAAUUUCACCUUGAUUUUCACCUAAAUUUUGAAAAGAAAAAUUGUCAUUUCACCACGGUAAUUAACCGUGACUAACAAGUAGUCACGAGAAAUGAAGGCUGAAGAUAGUU